UAAUGCACCAAGAACUUGUAACACUCCAACGAGAAAGGAAAAACUGAAACCACAUCAUAUGUCCCCUUUAAAACAAGAGAUUGGUUUGAGACAACGCUGACUAAUUAAUAGGAUGCAAUUAUCAACUAGUAAUGUCUAAAACUCAUUUUUUUAAAUAGUUUUAUUUGGUAAUACAUAUCUAAUUGUAAGUGUACCAUAUGUUUAAAUGUCAGUUUUUUUUCUGUGUUUUAUUUUCUUUUUUAUCUCAACAGCCAGUGCUCUGACUUUGGUAACUGGAGAUGUUAGUAUCAGACUGCUGAAUGGUAAUAAUGACUGCUCUGGAAGAGUUGAGAUCCUGUAUAACGGCACAUGGGGGACAGUGUGUGAUGAUGCCUGGGACAUGAAUGAUGCUGCUGUGGUGUGCAGACAGCUGGGAUGUGGAAGUGCUGUUAGUGCACAUGGCAGUGCUCGUUUUGGCCAGGGUAGUGGUCAGAUCUGGUUGGAUGAUGUGGGAUGUUCAGGAAGUGAAUCAUCGCUCACACAGUGUUCACAUCGUUCUUUUGGAACACAUAACUGUGGUCAUAGUGAAGAUGCUGGUGUUGUUUGUUCAGGGCAACUACCAGACAUAAGGUUGGUCGGUGGGUCUGAUUCAUGCUGUGGGAGAGUGGAGAUCCGUUAUAAUGGCACAUGGGGAACCGUGUGUGAUGAUCACUGGGACAUGAAUGAUGCUGCUGUGGUGUGCAGACAGUUACAGUGUGGAUCAGCCAUCAGUGCUCCUCCUAAAGCUGCCUUUGGUCAAGGCAGUGGAUCGAUCUGGCUGGAUGACGUUAAAUGUUCAGGAAGUGAAAGAGCCCUCACACAAUGUCCACACAGAGGACUAGGAACACAUAACUGUAAACAUGGUGAAGAUGCUGGUGUUGUUUGUUCAGGUGAGCUGCGGAUGCCGACUCUUUCCCUGACCUCCACACAUGCAGCUGUUUCUCCUGGAGAAAAUCUCCAGUUCAGUUGCACAACACCUAAACCAAGAUGCGAGGCUAAAGCUGAAUUCCAGCUCUUCAGAAACGGACCAUCUGUACCCUCCCAGACACAUGAAUCUAGUGUGACUUUCAACCUUGUUAAUGUAGACGUCUCACAUCAGGGCAGCUACAGCUGCCGUUACUCCUACCAAAACAACACCAAAUCACCUUUGAGCAACAUUAUUAUCAUCACUGUGGUGAACUUGCAGCAGCCCAAAAUUUUCUUCAGUGAUCCUGAUGGAUCGUUUCAUGUGGGGCUUCAGGGGCCAGUGAUCAUCAGGGGUCACAGUUUCAUUAUCAUCUGUUCAGCUCAAUCUCAGUUUCCUGGAGGAUCUUUUCACCUGUACAUAGGGUCAAGCAUCACCAGGACUGAGUCAGCUGUCAGUCACUCUGCCUCCUUCUUCUUUCCUGAGGCAGAUUUUUCCCACGAGGGAAACUACAGUUGUGUUUAUGAAGUCAGUGUCUCUUCACGCUCCUUUCGUUCAUCUCCCUCUGAACUUCUGCUCAUCACUAUUAUAGUGAACUUGCAGCAGCCCAGUAUUUCUCACAGUGAUCCUGAUGGAUGGUUUGAUGAGGGGCCUCAGGGGCCAGUGAUCACCAGGGGUCACAGUUUCACUAUCAUCUGUAACACUGACUCUCAGUUUCCUGGAGGAUCUUUUCACCUGUUCAGAGGAUCAAACAUCACCAGGACUGAGUCAGCUGUCAAUCACUCUUCCUCCUUCUUCUUUCCUGAAGCAGAUUAUUCACACGAGGGAAACUACAGUUGUGUUUAUGAAGUCAGUGUCUCCUCACGCUCCUUCCGUUCAUCUGACUCUGAACUGCUGCUCAUCACUAUCACAGCCUCUCUGCUUCCUGUCAUUGGUGCUGCAGUGUCAGCUGUGCUGCUCUUAUUGUCUGUCCUUAUAAUCAUCCUCCUGCUGAAGAGAAGACAAAAGAACAAGAACAAGGAAACUAAUUUAAAGUGCUCUUUCACAAAAGGUGCAGGUAAUACAUAUGCAGGUGCCUCCCAUGAUAACAAAAAUGAAGAAGAUGAUGAGGCUGAUUAUGAAAAUGUAGAGCUUGGUGAAAACAUGGAUCAUAAUGAAUCUGAACAGGACUAUAUUAAUGUGGACUCUGAUCAUUCUGAAGAGGACUAUGUCAAUGUGGACUCUGAUCAUUCUGAAGAGGACUAUGUCAAUAUGAAUGUUAUUGAAAAUAAAAGUGUGGUCAAAUCUGAUGAUAACAUUUAUGAAAGUUGUUUUGACUAAUACCACGUCAUUUGAAUGAAUUAUCUUGGCCAACUUGAAGAACAUCACUGCACCCUUGAUACAUCUUGCAACACCUUGACAGACCUGGGAAUUACGCAAUGAUCUUAUUGGUGGACUUCAGCUCGGCCUUUAAUACCAUCAUGUUUGAUCUUCUUUCGGACAAACUGAUCCAGUUCUGUGGGGCCUCCCAAAUCUGUCAGUGGACUACCAGCUCCUUUAAAGACAGGCAACAGCUAGUAAGUGAGGCUGGGAAAACUCACAUCUAGGACCCUGACUAUCAGCACUGGUGCCCCUCAGGGAUGUGUUCUCUCCCCACUGCUAUUGUCCCUGUACACAAAUGUCUGCACUUUAAAGGACCCCUCUGUAAAGCUCCUGAUGUUUGCAGAUGUCACUACAGUCAUUGGCCCCAUCUAGGACUGUGCUAAGUCUGCAUAUGGUUGAGCAAAUGGCUGUGUGGUGGAAUCAGAGCCAAAACAGUGGAGAUGAUAGUGGACUUUAGGAGAAAUCCCCCUGCAAUUCCCCCACUGUCCAUCAUAAACAGCAUUGUAACAGCAGUGGAGUAAUUCAGGUUACUGGGCACCACCAUCACUCAGCACCUGAAGUGAAACAAUCACAUCGUCUCUUUUGCAAAAGAAAAAAAAAAUCAUAGCAGAGGUUGUAUUUCCUUCACCAGCUAAGUACCUGCCACCCAGUUCUACUCGGCCAUCACUGAGUCUGUCCUGUGUUUAUCUUUAACUGUCUGGUUUGGUUCAGCUACCAAAUCAGACAUCAAGAGACAACAAUGGACAGUCAGGACUGCUGAGAGGAUUACUGGUGCUCCCUGCUUAACCUUGAAAAAUGUAAAAAUAAAACACUCAGGACCCCUCACACUGAGCCCACUCUAUCUUUGAACUGUUGCCCUCUGGUUGUUGCUACAGAGCACUGACCAGCAAAACAGCCAGGCACAAGAACAGUUUUUUCCCUCGGGCCAUAUUCCACCUGAACAACACGUAACAUCUCAGGACUGCACAUCUCUACAUGACUUCUCAAAACUGUUCAUCUAUAAAUAGCAAAUUUGCAGUCAUAAAUCUUUUUUUUCCUCUAUAUUUUUAUUGCCAUGUAUAUUUUUUUAUUUAUUGUAUAUUCUCUUUAUUAUUAGUGUUAUGUUUCA